GCUAAGGUAGAAUCGCAUUUUCCUGUUGUCGGGGGAAGGGGGAAGAGGAACUAAAUACUUUAGUAAACACUAGUUAGCUGCCAACAACAAAUCUCCCUAGCAAUAAGUCCUUUGUCCUUAAUAAAACAAUUAUCCAUCACACAUUAGACAAUGUCGACACCGGCAAGAAGACGGCUUAUGAGAGACUUUAAGCGGCUACAGGAGGACCCACCAGCUGGUGUUAGCGGUGCCCCAUCAGAAAACAACAUCAUGGUGUGGAAUGCGGUCAUUUUCGGCCCCGAAGGGACACCUUUUGAGGACGGGACAUUCAAGCUUACUGUAGAGUUUACGGAAGAAUACCCAAACAAGCCUCCAACAGUCAGAUUUGUGUCAAAGAUGUUUCAUCCAAAUGUUUACGCAGAUGGGAGUAUAUGCUUGGAUAUCCUACAGAACCGAUGGAGUCCAACCUAUGAUGUAUCCUCCAUUCUUACUUCUAUCCAGUCCUUGCUGGAUGAGCCCAACCCCAACAGCCCGGCCAACAGCCAGGCGGCCCAGCUGUAUCAAGAGAACAAGAGGGAGUAUGAGAAGCGUGUGUCAGCCAUCGUAGAACAGAGCUGGAGGGACAGUUGACCACAUACACACCUAUAGCCUUUCCUGGCUCCGUUGCUCUCUGUCUCCAACUCUGCUGUGUGUAACGCGAGUUUUAGAGGAGUACAUCUUAAUUUGGAUUUUUUCCCCCCCAAUCUUCCCCUUUUCAGAUUUUAAGCUUUGUUACGCACUUUACUUUUUCCCCUCUUCCCUGACUCGCUAUAUUUUUUUUUUUUUUUUAAGCCCUGGGUGAUUUUUUAAAAUUUUUAUUUCUUUCCAUCCUCCCUUCUUGUGUUGGUCUAUAAUAGGACAUUAUGUGCUGAAUCUCAAUAGGGAUGGAUAAUCUUCAAUGACUUUGCCCCCUUUAAACUGUCUAGCUGAAUGAAAUGAGGUGGACUGAUUUGUGUUAUGUUUGGGUAAAAUAUCAAAUAAUCAUGAUAAUCUGAUAUAUCUUUGUAUGCCCUCCCACACCCUGUAUUCCCCCCCACCCCACCCAGUAUAUCAAAAGAUACCCUGUCCAAGUGGCAUUAUUGGACUUUACCUUCAAUCCCCAGAACACAAACUAGACCCAAACCACAUGAUUAAUCCAUGUUCUUGCUGUGUUGUGAGCUCUGUUACAUGCAUGACAGCAAGAGUGUUCUUGUUCUAUUGUUCAGUCCUCAUGUAUAUAGGAAACACAUUUAUGUACAGAUUUUGCACUGGUUGUCCACCGUUUCUUUUUUCAGCACUUGUAAAUAAAAAAAGGCAAAGUCUUUACUAUGAAA